AUGCCGCUUGCCUUUCUUUGGAUCAAGAGAAUCAUGAUAGUGACAUCGGUUUCAUCAAUGCUGUUGCGACGAGGAGCGUUGGCCUUUCAAUCAAGAGGAGUGAUCCGAGCCGCCCCAUCCUCGUUUUCCCAUCUGAGCCCACAGUAUCAAUUUGGACAAGAAUCACGCCUGUUUGCAACGGCAGCCGAACAGCAGCAACCAGCAUCCUCACAGCCACCGAAACCAAAGAAUCAGCAGAAGAAAAAGAACAAUACCGGAGGAUUGAGAAGAUUACCCGUUGUCAAGGCCCCCAAAGAACUCAUGGACAAGGCUCGCAAGGUUCCACUACGUGUCAAGACCGAUCCCACCGUCAAGAACGUUCGGAAUCGAGCCCGAAAGCAUGGUGCCGAGUCCUUGAAUGCCAUGACACAAGCCUUGUGCAUUCCUCUCAGAGAUAUUGUGGAUGGAUACAAGCGUGAAUGGAGACGGUUGCAUCCCUUUGAAAAAGUCGUGGCCGAUUUGACGGCUCGUGCGAGACAAAAAAAGGAUGGACUUACCCUGCAGGAUGUCCUCAACGAUAUUCAUGAGGCACGCAAAAUGCUACUCGAAGCUGGAAAGGAAUGGGUGUACAAGGCCAAACAUGCCGAGACUGCCAAAGAAGCCAAUAUGUUUGCCACCGAAGGUGCCGAACGGAUGCUCGAGCUAUAUCAAGAGCUUGCCUUUGAACCAGUCAAUGGUAUUUUGGAAUUGCAGCGAAGUCUCCGUGGUGCCCCCGCCGUGCAGCUGGAUACGCCUGCUGUGGUCUUGGUUGGAGCUCCCAAUGUGGGCAAGUCCAGUAUUGUUCGAUAUAUUUCGUCGGCCACUCCCGAAGUAAACAAUUAUCCCUUCACCACCAGGGGGAUGACUUUGGGACACGUGGAAGUCUUUUGGUCCGACGACGAUACCAUUGCCAGGGCCAUUAUCCCUGAGCACGAAAAGAAGCGCAAGGGACCCUCGCAAGAGAUCUUGGCUGGUAAAUAUGCCUUUUCGCAAUUGUGUCAAGUGAUGGACAGUCCAGGACUGUUGGUUCGGCCAGAGACGGAGCGUAACGAAAUGGAGGAAUUGACCUUGGCCGCCAUGCGCCAUUUGCCAACGGCAGUCAUGUACGUCAUGGAUCUGUCUGGUGAAGCUGGUGACAAAUGUUCUUCUGUAAAGGAUCAGUUACAACUCCGCAAAGACGUCCGAGCAAGAUUCCCCAGACGGCCUUGGAUUGAUGUCGUUUCCAAGUACGAUUUGGGAGUUGUUGAUGGUGCGGAAGAGGAAUUGAAGGAGAUUUUAGGCGAUACUCCCUACAUUCGCCUGAGCAUCCACGAAGGACAGGGAAUUGAUGAGCUACGGCAAGAAGUUUUGCGAAUGCUUGGAGAAGUCCGAGUCGUUUUGGAUGCAAUGGCAGCUGUGGACGAUCGAAGUGCUCGCAACUAA